GGCUCGAACGCGGCCGGCACCGGGGGCGGCGGCGCGUCGGGCCUGACGGCGUCGCUGACGGGCACCAUGAACAGGAAGAAGAAGCCCUUCCUGGGCAUGCCCGCGCCGCUGGGCUACGUGCCGGGGCUGGGCCGCGGUGCGACAGGUUUUACUACCCGCUCAGAUAUUGGUCCUGCUCGAGAUGCAAAUGACCCUGUGGACGAUCGUCAUGCUCCACCAGGAAAGAGAACUGUGGGGGAUCAGAUGAAGAAGAACCAGGCAGCAGAUGAUGACGAUGAAGAUCUGAAUGACACCAAUUAUGAUGAGUUCAAUGGAUAUGCUGGAAGCUUGUUCUCCAGUGGGCCUUAUGAGAAAGAUGAUGAGGAAGCUGAUGCAAUUUAUGCUGCUUUGGAUAAGAGGAUGGAUGAAAGGAGAAAGGAGAGAAGAGAACAGCGUGAGAAAGAAGAGAUUGAAAAGUACCGAAUGGAACGGCCAAAAAUUCAGCAACAGUUCUCAGAUCUAAAAAGAAAACUAGCCGAAGUUACUGAAGAAGAAUGGCUAAGCAUUCCAGAGGUUGGUGAUGCAAGAAAUAAACGCCAGAGGAAUCCACGUUAUGAGAAACUGACUCCUGUUCCUGACAGUUUCUUUGCAAAGCAUUUGCAGUCAGGGGAGAAUCAUACAUCGGUGGAUCCUCGACAAACGCAAUUUGGUGGUCUCAAUACUCCCUACCCUGGAGGCUUAAACACUCCUUAUCCUGGAGGAAUGACACCUGGACUGAUGACACCUGGGACAGGUGAGCUGGACAUGAGGAAGAUUGGUCAAGCUAGGAACACCUUGAUGGAUAUGCGGCUCAGCCAGGUAUCCGACUCUGUGAGUGGCCAAACCGUGGUGGAUCCCAAGGGCUAUCUCACUGACUUGAAUUCCAUGAUUCCUACCCAUGGUGGAGAUAUUAAUGACAUCAAGAAAGCACGUUUACUCCUGAAGUCUGUGCGAGAGACUAACCCCCACCACCCGCCAGCCUGGAUUGCUUCAGCACGCUUGGAAGAAGUGACAGGCAAACUGCAGGUAGCUCGAAAUCUCAUCAUGAAAGGGACAGAAAUGUGUCCUAAGAGCGAAGAUGUUUGGUUGGAAGCUGCCCGUUUGCAGCCUGGGGAUACUGCCAAGGCUGUGGUGGCCCAGGCUGUUCGUCACCUUCCCCAGUCUGUCCGGAUUUAUAUCAGAGCAGCAGAGUUGGAGACAGACAUUCGAGCAAAGAAGCGAGUCCUUCGCAAAGCUCUGGAGCAUGUUCCAAACUCUGUCCGCUUGUGGAAGGCAGCUGUGGAGUUGGAGGAGCCUGAGGAUGCCAGGAUAAUGCUCAGCCGAGCGGUGGAAUGCUGCCCCACCAGUGUGGAGCUGUGGCUUGCCCUGGCAAGGCUGGAAACCUAUGAGAAUGCCCGUAAAGUCUUAAACAAGGCCCGCGAGAACAUUCCAACGGACAGGCACAUCUGGAUCACAGCUGCCAAGCUUGAAGAGGCCAAUGGGAACACUCAGAUGGUGGAGAAGAUCAUUGACCGCGCCAUCACCUCAUUACGGGCAAAUGGUGUGGAAAUAAACCGGGAGCAAUGGAUCCAGGAUGCAGAGGAGUGUGACAAAGCUGGGAGCGUGGCCACAUGCCAGGCUAUCAUGAGAGCCGUGAUCGGGAUUGGGAUCGAGGAGGAGGACCGGAAGCACACUUGGAUGGAAGAUGCUGAUAGUUGUGUUGCACACAAUGCUCUGGAGUGUGCCCGGGCCAUCUAUGCUUAUGCCUUGCAAGUUUUCCCCAGCAAGAAAAGUGUCUGGUUGCGGGCAGCCUAUUUUGAAAAGAAUCAUGGAACCAGGGAAUCCCUGGAGGCUCUCCUGCAGAGGGCUGUGGCUCACUGCCCCAAGGCUGAAGUCCUCUGGCUCAUGGGAGCCAAGUCGAAGUGGCUUGCUGGAGACGUGCCUGCUGCCAGGAGCAUUCUGGCUUUGGCUUUCCAGGCUAACCCCAACAGUGAAGAGAUCUGGCUGGCUGCGGUGAAGCUGGAAUCUGAAAACAACGAGUAUGAAAGAGCGAGGAGGCUGUUGGCAAAGGCUCGCAGCAGCGCCCCGACGGCCAGGGUCUUCAUGAAAUCAGUCAAGCUCGAGUGGGUGCUUGGGAACAUUGCUGCAGCUCAGGAGCUUUGUGAAGAAGCGCUGAAGCACUACGAAGACUUUCCCAAGCUGUGGAUGAUGAAAGGGCAGAUUGAGGAGCAGGAAGAGCUGAUCGAGAAAGCCCGAGAGGCCUAUAACCAAGGGCUAAAGAAAUGCCCCACCUCCAUUCCUCUUUGGCUGCUGUUGUCCCGGCUGGAAGAGAAGGUCGGCCAGCUCACUCGAGCAAGAGCCAUCUUGGAGAAAUCGCGUUUAAAGAACCCAAAGAACCAAGACCUGUGGUUGGAAUCAGUGCGAUUAGAAUACAGAGCUGGACUGAAAAACAUCGCCAAUACCCUGAUGGCCAAGGCGCUGCAAGAGUGCCCCAAUUCUGGAAUCCUGUGGUCAGAAGCGAUCUUCCUAGAGGCCAGACCCCAGAGGAAGACCAAGAGUGUGGAUGCUUUGAAGAAAUGUGAGCAUGAUCCACAUGUUCUCCUGGCUGUGGCCAAGUUGUUUUGGAGUGAGCGCAAAAUAACCAAGGCUCGGGAGUGGUUCCAUCGGACCGUGAAGAUCGACUCUGAUCUGGGGGAUGCCUGGGCUUUCUUCUACAAAUUCGAGCUUCAGCACGGCACAGAGGAACAGCAAGAAGAGGUGCGGAAGCGUUGCGAGAAUGCAGAGCCACGCCAUGGAGAGCUCUGGUGCGAGGUCUCCAAGGACAUCAACAACUGGCAGAGCAAAAUCAGCGAAGUCCUGGUCCUGGUGGCAGCCAAGAUAAAAAACACCUUCUAGCGUGUGGGCUGCAUCUAGCCACAUGCCCGACAUGGGAGAUGGGACCCGAUCCCUCCCCUUGGCACACACACACACACCGAACAUGGCCUUCUCCAGCGGAAGGAGUUUGAACGGGCUCAGGUUUCCUGGUCCAAUUUAGAGGGCAAACCAAGUGUUUCCUGGCACUUCUGUGUACCGUGAUGGUAACAGCAACCUGCCACGUUAACACCUGCAUGGAAGGUUACUUUAUCUACCAGCAUAUUCUAGAACAGGGACUGUGGAGUGUUGAUUGGCAGGCCUCUUAACCCAGAUUUCCCAAAAAGCAUCUGUAGCUGGGCCACCCUUCUGGGUCUUUCCACUUUCCAUUCAAUUUAUCUACUUUACGUUCUUAACAACAGCAUAUCCUGGCCAUUUAGAAGUAGGCAUCAGAGCACACAGUCUAUUUUUCUACUACAAAAUAUAAAAUGGCUUAAAAUGCAUUGGUCAGGGGGGAGCCUCGGGAUCCCCAGGAGUUUAUAACUUUACAAAUGUUUCAGAAAGCUUUUUGUGAGGAGAAGGCCAGGGAUCUCCAAGGGAACCUUCAGUCCUGUCUCAAGGCUACACGUUUCAAGAAUUCCCUGUGGUAAACAAUGGCACUGAAAUUGCUUUUGGUUUGCAGUGCAGACAUAACAUGCAGGGACUUGGGAGGCAAUGAUUGCUCAGAUUCCCGUCAAAGAUGAGGAAGGCAGAAAUUGAAAAACCAGCAUUUAGGAUGAGCUCAAUUAGGAGCUCCCUGCUUUACCCAGCUAGGACAGAACCUUUCCAAAAUGUCUUCGUCAGGCAUAUUUUCCUUGGCCUUUGAUAAGCUUAAAAGAUGCAUUUCUUAUCAGUUAAUUUCUCCUGUCUCCACAAUUUUAAAAAAGAGUACUAGGAGAGAGACGUUACAGGACGCUGGCAAGAUAAGGAAUCAAAUAGACUUUUGUGAGAGUGUGUUUAGCCCUAGAAGUCUGUGACGGCAGUCUUCUGGGGAGACCCUUUUUCUCAGUGUAGAUGGAUUUAUUUAAAAAUUAAUUCCCGGCAUGACCUUUACUAAAGUCCCCACACCUCGGCGCACUAAAUCCCCACACCAGUUAAGGCAGAGUGUCUGUGCUGUGUAUCCGCUUGUUUAUGCAUGGCCUUGUGAUAAGAAGCAGCCCUCUCUCAAGCAGUGGUUGUACAUAGUACGGACUGUAAAAUACAAUCCUGUUUUGUUUUUUGUGA